UCCAACCCCUUCUCAUUCCCAGACAACAACAUCUCCAGGGAGGGAGGUGAAAAAAGAAAAAAAACGAGAGAGGGAAAGCGCGGGAAAAGGGUAAAAAGGAAAGGGAGGGAGAGAUGAAGGAGAGAGGAGGGAAAGCCAGCCGGCCAUCGGUAGAUGAAAGGUACACGCAGUGGAAAUCUCUCGUUCCAGUCCUCUACGACUGGCUCGCCAACCACAACCUCGUCUGGCCUUCUCUUUCUUGCCGGUGGGGUCCACAACUAGAGCAAGCGACUUACAAGAAUCGUCAACGUCUCUACCUUUCUGAACAGACUGAUGGCAGUGUUCCAAAUACACUUGUCAUAGCAAAUUGUGAAGUUGUUAAACCGAGGGUUGCUGCCGCAGAGCAUAUAUCACAGUUCAAUGAAGAAGCGCGUUCUCCGUUCGUAAAGAAGUUCAAAACCAUCAUACAUCCUGGUGAGGUCAACAGAAUCAGGGAACUCCCCCAGAAUAGUAAGAUAGUAGCCACGCAUACAGACAGUCCAGACGUUCUGAUCUGGGAUGUAGAGGCACAACCUAAUCGUCAUGCUGUCCUUGGAGCGGCGGAUUCUCGUCCAGAUUUGAUUUUGACUGGGCAUCAAGACAAUGCUGAAUUUGCUCUUGGCAUGUGCCCAAAUGAACCCUUUGUGCUCUCUGGAGGAAAGGACAAAUUAGUUGUGUUAUGGAGUAUACAUGAUCAUAUCUCUGCUUCAGCGACAGAGCCCUCCACAAAAUCUUCAGGGACACCAUCUGGGAGCUCAAUCAUUAAACAAACCUCCAAGGGUGGUGAUAAAGGUUCGGACAGCCCUUCAAUUGGACCGCGGGGCAUAUACCAAGGUCAUGAGGAUACUGUUGAAGAUGUUCAGUUCUGCCCCUCUAGUGCACAGGUAUUUUGUAGUGUAGGUGAUGAUUCUUGCCUGAUACUCUGGGAUGCUCGUAUUGGAUCAACUCCAUCUGUCAAGGUUGAGAAAGCUCAUAAUGCUGAUAUUCACUGUGUCGAAUGGAACCCCCAUGAUGAAAACCUAAUCCUAACUGGAUCAGCUGAUAAUUCUGUUCAUAUGUUUGACCGCCGGAACCUCACUUCCAGCGGUGUUGGAUCACCUGUUUAUAAAUUUGAAGGUCACAAAGCUGCUGUCCUUUGUGUGCAGUGGUCCCCAGAUAAAGCGUCCGUUUUCGGGAGUUCUGCAGAGGAUGGCUUCUUAAAUAUUUGGGAUUAUGAAAAGGUUGGUAAAAAGAAAGAACGUGUUGGAACGAGGGUGCCAAAUUCUCCUCCAGGCUUAUUUUUCCAACAUGCGGGGCACCGAGAUAAAGUCGUUGAUUUUCACUGGAACACAUCUGAUCCAUGGACAAUUGUUAGUGUCUCUGAUGACUGUGAGAGUACUGCUGGAGGAGGAACAUUGCAGAUAUGGCGUAUGAGCGAUUUGAUUUACAGGCCAGAGGAGGAGGUUCUGGCCGAACUCGAGAAGUUCAAAGAACACAUACUCACAUGUUCGUCAAAAUCUUAAUUAGUAACCUCUCUAUGUGCUCACCAGGUCUGUGGGGCAAUGACUCUACAUUGUUAUCAAGAGGAUCCUUCAGAAUCCUUCUCGUUUUCUUCACAUCUAAAGACAGAUUUGACAAUAUUGUGGUUCCUUCGACAGCUGCAUAUGGUGUUUUUUCACUUGUUACCUAAAGAUUCUUGGACUCCAAUAGGUAUUCUGAAUGGAUUUGUUGUAUUUCUGUAACAAUGCAUCAUGGUACUUGGAAUUUUUGUUUGCUUGGAAAAUUGGAGUGAUAUUUGCAGCUGAAACCUAGAAAAAGAGAUUAGUUGUUGAAGGCCU